UCGGUUUGAAAAUCCAAAAGUACUUUGAGGAAACGAUGAUCGGUGAAAGUGACUUUCCUCGUUAAUUUGCGGGGAAAACGAGAAAUAAAAACUAUUAAAAUACUCUAAAAGGUGCUGCGAGCAUCGAGAAGUGAAAAUUUUUAAUUAAAAAUUACAUUACGACUCAUUCAUCAUUCAAAUAGAAAGCGGGAGAGAAGAAGAGGAAACACGCGAUAAAAAAGUCAUCAUCGUGAAACGUAAACAAAAAUGACUCAAUUGAAGGUCGGAAUACCGGCGUCGUCGUCUGGCGUUAUCAGUGCCGUAAUAUUUUGUUUGUUGCUCGUUUCUGUUCAAGCAAAUGUGAAAAAUCCUCUGAAAGAUCCCACUGUGUGUGGUCGUCCAUUAUGCGAAUCAGAUGACGCUAAGUUCAAAUAUCAGAUCAACACGUUGUACAAUUACGCAUACAACAUGUUUGUCCGUACGGAAUUCGCGGGAAGCGGUCAAAACAUUUCCGAGCUUCAUGCUGUUGGAAAUGUUCAUAUUAUCUUCCCGAAACCCUGUGAAGGAGUUUUGCGUUUAAAAUCUAUCGAAUUGCAUACGCAAGCUGUUGCUCAUGCGCCCUCUAGCGGAAUUUUCGAUGAAACAAAAGAAGAUCUCCAUCCAAAAAGCGAAGAAUUCGGGGAAGAUCUUCAAAAGUACGAAUUACGUUUCGCUUUUCAUGAUGGCUUGAUUUCGGAAGUUUGUGCAGAAGAUCAUGAAGCAACAUGGGCUUUGAAUUUGAAGAAAGGAAUUUUAUCCGCAUUUCAAAAUACCAUGGAACGCUUCGAUGUGGACUAUAAUGCGACAGAAACUGACAUUUCGGGUACUUGUGAUGUUCAUUACGCUCUCACGGGAACAAAGAAAACUUCGCUGUUGAUUCAAAAAACGAAGGAAAUCGCAAGUUGCCGAAAUCGGUACAAGACUGAGUCAAUUUUACAAACGACGCCAUAUGAUUUUCGAAAUAAUUACGCUGCUUGGCCAAUUUUGAAUAGUAGAAGUUAUUGUAACAUCUCGAUCGAUCACCAUAUCUACAACAACGUUGAUUGUCACGAGCGCCAUCUACUGGCUCCAUUUUCGAACAAUGAAACCGGAGCUGUUACGGAAACACGAAUUUCAUUGUCUUUGGAGUCAGAUGCCCAACCUGAGAUUAUCAGUGAAGAUCAACCUCCGAUUCAGCAUCGUUCAACUUUGCUCUUUGAUCAUAGUCCGUCGCCGAAAACGACAAAAAUUGAAGUUAAAGCAUCUCGAGAAUACUUGAAGCAAAUGUGUAAAAUGGGAUUUCCUGACAUUCAACGUGAGUUCCCGGAUGUUUUUGUCAAAUUCUUGUCAGCGACGCGACUUUUGUCCCACGCUGCUUUGGAACAAUUGCUUCAACGAGCAUCCAGCAUCUGCGCAAACGGAAAAAAUCACGUGAUGGAAUCCCUGCCUUAUAUUGGAAGCACUGCUUCAGUCCUCUUGAUGAAAGAUCAAAUAAUCAGAAAUAAAGUUACGCUAGAGGUCGCUUCAGAUUGGAUGUGGUCGAUCUCGUUCAUGACAAGACCUACUCCCGAAAUUGUCAAAGCCAUGUUCGAAUUAGUAAAAUUCGGAAAAGAUAACGACUUGAGUGAUUUUAUCUUGGGAUCAUCUUCCGUCGUUGCGAGUUAUUGCCGUCAGAGGGAGUGUCAAAACGAUCCAAAUGUCAUUUCUUACGUCAAUGUUUUGGAAGAGGAAUUUAUGACGCUCGUUCCCGCGCUUUCCAAUACAAAAGAUCGCAAAUCCAAGGAUUAUGGAAUUAUAUUGCUCAAGGCUUUGGGAAAUGUUGGCGUCAUUCCAAAAAAACUCGAAACAUUCCUAAAACGGAAAUUCGUGGAAGUAGAUGAUCUUCCAACUGAAUUGAGGUUACAAGGCGUCUUUGCAUUUCGUCGCAGUGAAUGUUCCCGCAAUCGAGAAUACUUUCUAGAUAUUUACAAAAAUCACACGAUCAAUAAUGAAGUUCGAAUUGCUACUUAUCUACAAGCGAUGCGAUGCCCAGAUUACAUUUCCAUGAAAUUCAUCAAACACGUGCUCAAGACGGAACAAGUGAAUCAAGUAGGUUCGUUCGUUUGGUCUCACUUGAAGAAUUUACUGAAAUCCGCGUCACCGGUAAAAGUUGAGAUCCAAGGUUUGCUUGCGGAUAAUGAUUUGGGCACAAGAUUCAACUUAGACUUUAGAAAAUACUCGAAAAAUUACGAAAAAAGUUUAUUUUUCGAUGAAUACAAUUUCGGAGUGGUAGCUGAUAGUAACGUGAUUUUCAGUACAGAUUCGUAUCUACCGAGAACUGUCUCUCUAAACUUCACAGCUGACGUUUUCGGAGAAAGUAUAAACUUUUUCGAACUCAAUACCCGAGCCGAGGGCUUUGAACAUCUGGUUGAGUCAGUUUUUGGUCCAAAAGGUCCUUUGAAUGCGGAUUACAUUCAGUCAAAGUUUAAAGAUUUGUGGCAAAAGUUCACAAAUUACACGGGCGAGUCGUUUGAACCAAUUGAUGAUUACAUGUUAGAUCGGAAGCGUCGUGCGCUGCCAAAGCCAGAAGCGGUUUCAGAUCGCGGAGGUCGCGCUAUGAAGGAAGAGCUUGAGAAUGGUAUCAAUAAGUUCGGGUAUAAAAUGACGAAUAAUCCUUCAGCUUUUAGAGCUUCUAUUGGAAUGAAAAUUUUCGGCAACGAUAUGAAAUUCCGAACGUCAGAUGGCGCUGGAGAAUUCAAUAAUUUCUUCAAAUAUUUGAGUCCAAUGACUUACUUGCGAGACUUUUUCUCGGGAAAGGAUUUCACAUAUACCAAAUCUGGCAUCUUUUUGGAUUCAGCUUAUCAGGUACCUUUAGUUUCGGGAAUGCCAUUGACAAUUAAUGCUUUGGGCGCCUCUAGCGUUGAUUUACGGUACUCGGGAAAGUUUAAUAACAUGUCAAAAGGUUACGAUAUCGAGACUCGUUUGAAGCCGAGUGUUUCGAUUGAUGUGAUUUCAACGAUGAAAGCUGAUCUCUUCUAUGAUGGAUGCGGAGUGAAGGUUAAAGCUAACCUUUAUUCAUCCGCAGCUGUUGAAACAAAACUUCAACUUAGCUCAAAUCCGCAUAACAAAGCUGUCUCCCUUCAAGUCAAUUUGCCACAAGAGAGAAACGACAUCUUGAGCGUUCGUUCAGAGAUGCUCGUUCUCAAACAAGAUCGCGAGAUCAAACAACGUGGAUUCCGAAAACGUUAUGCGAAUUCAACUUGUACUUGGCCCAUCGUUGAACGAGCUGUUGGUCUCAAACUUUGCGCUGACUAUAGUUUACCGGAUGUUAGCAAGACAAAACUUGCACAUCCCUCGCUGAUCCUUUCAGGACCUGUCAAACUCGAUUUUCACUUGGACAAAACUGAUCCAACAGCAAGAACUUAUAACUUUGUCUUCAACUGGGAUGAACAUGAAAAUAGUUCGCAAGGAUCCAUCACUUUUGAAACUCCUGGAUCAUUGAUUCCUCGAGUCUUUAGAGCGAAUGUUAGUAAAGCUGUGGAUUUGUAUCAUGCUUCGAUGCACUUUAGGAAUGGAAAUAUUUCGCAUACAGCAGUUGGAAAUUAUUUCUUCAAUGAUUCUAAAAAUCAGUUGGAUUUGUCGCUCGAUCUGAAUGGACAAAAGUACUUGGAACUCGAAAUGGGAAUGAAUCGAACGAAAAUUUCGAAUAAAAAUGGAUUUAUUUAUUCGCCAAAGUUUUUGUUGAAAAUUAAAAAGGAGAAAAUUGCAGGAAUGAUUGGAAAAGUGACAGUUGUCACGAAGAAAGAUAUCAAACAAUGGGAUGUAGAAUUGAAGUUUGAGACAAAACGAUUGAAAUCGAAAUGGGAAGGAUAUGUUAUCAGGUCACCAACAUCGAUUUUGUCGAAAAUGGGCGUAGAUUAUCGGUUCGUGGAUUCCAAAGAAGAACACAUCGACAUCGAAGUCGAAUACGCUGAUCGUAGCAAAAUUCAUCCUGUGAAAGUUCGUCACAUCCACGUUGCCAACUUGAAACUUUCCUCAACGGCUUAUCCAAAGCUCAACUUUGCCUUGAAAAACCAACUUCAGAACUCUCAAGGUCAUAUCGAGUUGAAGACCGAAUAUGACGACGCCCCUGAUCUAAAAGAUCCCAACCGGAUUUUGACAACAAAAAUCACCUUUGCGAAAUUUGGGUUGAUAGAAAGUCCUGAUGCGACAACAACAAACGUAGCUUUGCAAAUUACUCGUCCUUAUACUCACACAGACUUUUUGAUGCGAAUCAGUUACGAGGAAAAGUUCAAAUUGGGACGAACUUAUAACGUUGUCGGAACUUUGAGAUAUGCGCCAUCGAAGGAAAUUCAGUCAGUUGUGUCAAUUUUCUUCCCAGUUCACUCGAAUUAUGGAUUUGACGUGCUUUUGAAUAUUACGGCGCCUUCGUUUAAACCGUGUUCAGCUAAUUUUAUAUUGACUGAACUGAGCAGAAAGGAUUAUGAUAUAAAAUUCAACGGAACUUGGUUCUCCGGGCAUUCCAUGUCAGCAAAAGGCUCCUUCCACGAUCACAGUACCCUCACCAAACGUCAUCAUCAUCUCAAACUCGCCGCUCAAAGCAAAUCUUUCAAAGACACCGACAUCGAUAUCCGUUACUCGCACGACGAAUUCCAGAUAAAACUCGAUGCCAAAGCCAAAUACAACAACAAACCGUACGAUUUGAUCGUCAAGCACUCAUAUCUCGGCGAAAACCGAACUUUAUCGAAAGCUGAGAUCAAUUUCGACAAAAAACAGUAUUGGGUGAAAGCUGAUCUGAAAUCUGAGCAACCAAAGGAGCUGGCAAUGGAAAUGCAUUUGGACAAACAUCGCGACAUUCAAUUAAUUUUGCGGGGAAUUUCGAUCGAUGUCAAGUCAGAAGCGAUGAUCGAAGUGAAAUGGGACGCCAAUCGGGAUCCAACCCAAAAACUUGUCGUCGGAGUUGAAUUUAAUACGCCCCAAAUGCGAAAUUACGACGGAAAAUUGCUCGUUUCUUAUCCGGAUCGAGCUUUUAGCGGGAUUUUCGACUUGGAUGCGAUGGGACCCGAGUACAAAGGCUCGACACGUCUUUCGUGGUCCCCAACGGAAGCAAUUGACGUUAAAUUUAACAGUGGCGCCAAAACUGAUCCGUUGCAAGAUAUUUGGCUGUGGCUUGUAAUUGACACUCCUUUCACGGGAUGGAAGCAUAACCAACUAAAUUCCGGAAUUUAUCACGAUGCGAACUUGUUACUUGCCAAUGCGUCCUUCCUUUGGGCCGAAAAUCAACUUUUAGGCUUCGAAUUUUUGGGAGAUUACAAAAUCGAUGAUCAACUUUUCCGAUGUGAAGUAAAAACUGCCGUCAAUAGCACCGUUAAAGACAUUCCUCCGGUGAGUGCGCAUAUCAAACAUUACAAUACCGACAGAAAAAUCGAAACGGAAGCGAAUGUCAAGUACCAAAGUGUCAACGGAACACAAAAUUAUUACCUCCGCUCCGGAUGGGAAUACGACAAAGACGAACUUUAUCGAAAUAUCGCAGGUUCAAUCGCUUUCCGAUCGCCUUUUGAGAAAUUCACGCGCGGAACAAUGGUCACCAAAGUCUCAUUUUCCGAGAAAAAGGAGAUAAAAGCAGCUGCUGAUGCCGAAUUUGAGGAUCGUCGUUAUACUUUGGUGUCGGAAGGGCAUCUCAAGAAGGUCACAGAUUGUUGGUUGGUGACAAAUGUGACGACGCCAAUCGAGAAAUUUCGCGUAAUAACUGCAAGGGUGGGAAUUAAUGAGCGGGAGAGACAUGCAGUGGCGGAAGUUAGUGCUCCAGUUGGAAGUUUGGGCGGCGAAGUGUUGUUUUAUUUGGUCAAUUCGAAUGAUUUUAAUAUAAAAUUGUCGGUUGCGACGCCGUUGGAGGGAUUUUCGAAAGUUAUGUUGGUGGCGAAGAAGAAUCCGGAUACUUUGGAUUUGCGUGGCGGAUGGAAUAAUGUUACUUUAGGGUUUACGGGAGUUUGGCGUUUUGAGAAUUUGCAAGAUUUUGAGUAUUCUUACAGGGUUUAUACAUUAAUCGAACUACUCGAGUACAACGGAGUCGUCAUGAAAUUCGUUCGUGCAUCACCCACAGACAUCGAUUUAGACAUGUCCUUAAAAUUAGCAACUUACAAAUUGGGUUUAACAACUUUGAUCAAACCAAAACCAACUUUAAUCCUCGCUCUGGGCAAGCAAAAAUCGAUGAACAUGAACAAAUUCCUAUUCAACGAAGACUUUUUGAAGGAUAUGUUAACGCAGGAAGAAAUUUCCGAACAAGAAGAGUCCGAAAGUAGCGAAGAAAGCACCGAAGACAUUGACGAUUACGUGAGUUUUUCCGGAAAUUUCAUCGUCGACACGAUCGUGUACCCAACCGUGAAGGGAGUCAUCGACGUCGACCAAAUUGACGACAUAAAUUACUUGACAUCAGCCACUGUGGUGCUUCCCCAAGGUCAAAUCGAGCUAAAAGACCGGUUUUACUAUCAUUCAUUGACGAAAUUAAAGAAUCGUUUGAACGUGGUGAGCCCUUUCCCAUUCGCCAAGGAGAUAAAAUCGAACGUUAUGCUUCGAGCUGACAUGGGAGAACGCGAUAAACUCGCAAAUUACGUCACCGGGUUCGAUGUUUCGGUCUUAAAUCGUCAAAAUUGGAUCGAUUUGGGACUUUUGGUGAAUUUGACACGACCUCCGAAGGUUUAUCGCAACAAACAGAAGACUUAUAACCUGAAUGUUCGUGUAACGACUCCUUUAAAAGGUCUUCCGUUCGUGGAUUUUACGGGAUUAAUCGAAACCGAGGCAAAAACUUACCACGGAAACAUUUCAGUUGAAACUCAAACCACGAAAUUCUCUCUGGGAGGUCUUCAUGAGUCAGAUGCGAACUUGUUUAACGCUCAAAUGGAGUUAAAUCUCGCUGCUCCGCUGGUUCCGUACUACCAUCAUCGGAUAUUUUUGCAAAAAAGUAAAAAACCUCAAGAAAUGACGGAAUUUAUGUUCGGUUUUGUCAACAACGACAACGGCGCCGUGUCAGAAUUGAAUCUCACGGGCGAUUGGAUCGUCUCUUUGAACAGUUCAACAUCAAAAAUGGAGUUUAACGGACAUUCAAAGCUCAUGACGACACUUUUACCGAUCAAAUCUUUCGAAAGCACGAUUCAGCUGGAGUCGGAACCGAAAGCGGAGAGAUCUUACGCCGACCUGGAGGUCAUUUAUGUGGAUGAGGAAGGAAAUCCUGAUGAAAUUACGGCGCUUUUAAGAAAGGAACGUGAAAAUUUACGCAUUUCCGGGUCGAUUCCGAUUGCGGAUUACAGAAAUGUGACGCUAGCUGGCAAAUUAACACCUUCCGAAGCAAAUAAUUUUCAAUUUUUGGGCGUUUUGAACAGAAAUUCGGACCUUUUUGAUGUUGAAGGAGACGUUAUGCUGCUUGAAAGUUUCCCAGUUCAAGCUAAUCUCGAGUUAAAAGACGCUGUGAAGAAAAAUUCUGUCGGUAAAGUGACUUAUUCUUUAGGAAAAACGGAAAAAACUUACAAUUUGGUCACAAAAGUCACGAAAGGAGGCGCUUUUAUGGAUGUUUCUGGCGAAAUUAGUACCAAAGACGCCUACAACUUUGCUUAUAACGUCGUGAAGUCAUCUGAGCCCGAUUUGAACAACUUAAAGCUCAAUUUGAGGUCAGAAUCGCCCGAAUCGACAGUCGAAAAGAUCGAUUGUAACUUUGAACUUCGAUCUCCGUGGUUUCAAGCCGGUUUAGAUCACUUAAAAUUAUCAGCUGAUACCAAAUUUGACCCUAAAGAUGGUUUCAUGAAGGCAAUUUAUGAGAUUCCAUCCAUUAAAGGUACCACUGAACUGAGUUGGUCUUGGCUUCUCAUGCAAAAAAUGCGAAUUUUGUUGGAUUCUGACGUGAAAUUCUCGAAUUCGACCAAAAAAGUGUUAAAAACCGGGGUAAGUUAUGAAGAUACUGCGACAGGAAUUGUCACAACCGGCGAUAUUCACGUCAAUGAUGUCUGGAAUUUGAGCGCCAAUGCCACUUAUGGCAUGAGUGACGACUUGGAACACGUGGGAACAGUUAAUAUUAACCUCCCGUUACCCGUUGGAGACAUCCAUAAGUUGCGAGGAUCGCUUUUUACUGAUUUCACGCAAACUCAUCCAUUGAAUGAACUGCGAAUUGAUCUCGGAUACGAAUCAGUUGAAGCUAAGAGGAAAUAUUCCGCGAUCGGAAGUUACAAAAAUUCAACCGAUAUUAAGGCUUCGACGAGAAUUGAAUGGGGUCACGAUCCGAAAUCGAAUGCGACGCAACUCAAUUUGGAAAUUUUGAAGGAUGGGCAUCGUCAUGCGGUGACAGGAAGUGUUCUGACGCCAUAUUACUUGGAAGAAGAAACAGUGAAGGCGAAUGUUGUUUAUGGUGUCACGGAUAUUUAUCACGUUGUGAGCUCGUCUCUGUUUAUUCCAGCAAGUGUCAAGACGAGUGAAGCUGAUGUCGCGUUCGCGGGACUUGCAAAUAUGAAAGGAAUGGUGAACUCGACGACGCCUUUUUUGAAUGUCACGUGGUUGAAAGUUGAUUUUGACUUUAAUACGAUUGAGACGGAGUCGAUAAGAUUCUUGCGAGCAACUUGGCCUAACAACUCCGCCAUCGUGGAUGCAAAAACGACUUAUAACACUUUUAACAACGGCGAUCGCGAUCAACAAGGCAUCAUAAAAUUAGAAGUUCCUGUACAAACGAGACAUGUAGCGCAAAUAAUUUACGGUUUAAAAGAACGUCCUGUAACAACUCAUGGACAUGCAACGAUCGAGUACAACGAGAAAAAUAUCUUGAACGGACAAUAUAAGGGAAAAGUUGAAGUUCGAGGAGAUACAGAGAAAAAUAUCGCCCAAAUCACUUUGGAGAACGAAUUUUAUCCCCUCGGCAUAAAUUAUUUCCAUACAAUCGACAAAGGCGAAGAAAUCUUAGACUUGAAACGAGCUGAAGUCUUUGAACUCAAUAAAAAUCGGAAAUUUAACAUCACGGGAGAACUUCAUGUGAAAUCUCUCACGAACGGCACGGAAUAUAAAGUUGUUGCCAUUCAUCCAAAUCGAACGGUGGUUUUGACGUCGGAUUAUUAUCACGAAAAUGAUGAAACGCGUCAAAAGUCGAUGAUUGAAUUGGAGCCAACAGUUUGGAUUGGAUACGAUGUUCACUUGAGAAAUUCAACGACGAAGGAAAAUGACACAACUUGGUUCUUGGUAGAGCUUUUCUACCCAAAAAGGAAUUUGAGCUCGAAUGGAAGUUAUACGAUGACGGAAACUUUGUUCGAUUCUGAUAUUGAAUUCAAAUGGAUGCAAAAUGAAGUAGACUCGACUGUUGUAGGUGUCAACCCAGAUUAUGCGGAUUACGAUUACGGAUUACGAUUAGUAAAAGUACAUCAAAUCCGAGCAGGCUUCACAUGGAAAACGGAAGAUCAACUCCCGGGAGACAAAGACAACCAAUCAGUUUUAUUCUCUUUACGCCAUCCAUCAUUCGAAAAAGACAUAACCUUCAAAGGAAAUCUGUACCGAAGCGAUAUCGAACUUUUAAAACUGAAUCUCUUAAUCGACUACGCCAUCGACGAAUUCCAUCUCGUGAACUUUACAGCAAACGUUCGUGAUUUAACGAGUAUCAAAGGUCACAAAAACUAUACAGCUUCAAUUUUCGCCAAACAUGACGCUUCAGACUUGACUUUACAUGGAUUUGGUACUGUUGGCUCGAAAGGUGUUCAUUACGAGAUAAGCGGAUACGGAGAAUACAAACGUGGAUAUUUGCCUUUACAAGACGGGACUUUGUUGACUUAUGGCGACUUAAAAACUCACGAAAUUUAUUAUUAUCGUUCAGCUUCUGGCAAAACGAACGGAAUUUGGCUCAAAUUUGAUGGAGCUUAUCCAGUUUAUGGCAUUAACGGAACUUACAUUGAUUCGCCAGAUUACGACUCGGAAGGAUUUUUCUCCUUGGAUCUCAUGGAAAAAUGCAUCCGACUCGAUAUUGACUUCAUUCCGGAUGGCACACAAAAGUUACGCAUGUUUGGUCACAUCCCCGACUCGAGACAAGCUCAUUUCGAUCUUUAUCGCGAUUACGAAGACAUUCGCGUCACUGACAUCGCUUAUUACGUCAAAAUGAAUCAUUCGCGUUUGAUAACCUCAAAUUUCGUGUGGCGCCCAACUUUGAAGCAGGAAAUCAAGGAAAACGCGAAAAAAUUAAUUACUGAAUAUUAUAAUGGGCUUUCCGAUACGAUUGAUUAUUGGAUUCGCACCGUUUAUUUGGAAAGUAACGAGAUCAAAAAUGACAUUGUGAGAGAGACGAAACCUUUUACCGAAGGUCUCAUGAACGACAUUUACGAAUUGCGAGCGAUUGAGAGUGAUUUGAACGAUUUGAUGGAAUUUGUGAAUAGAAGUUAUCAAGCUGAUGAUUUCUACAUGAGAUCCGUGAUGAAUUUCACACUUACGGUAUUGGAUGAGCUCGCGGUGAAGAAUCACAUUGCUUCGGUACCGAAGAUUUUCAAGGAAAUGUGGCAACUACUUGGAGAAUCGGGAGAGACGUUGAGGAAGAGUAUCACGUGGUUGCUGGAUACGUUACAAAAAUCAUACAAAAACGCCUUGGAAAUAAUCAGUGGCAUCUUACACGGCGACGCUUUAACGCAUCUUUCUACCAUGAUUGAAUCUGGCGUUCAGAAAUAUGAUAAAUUCACAAAAGAUCUUCAUGUUUCCUUCAUAAAAUACGUUGAACGUCUCUACUCUCGCAUGACGGAAACUCUUCAAUCCUAUUGGGAACGCGCUUUGCAAAAUAUCCAACCAUCCAUCAUGAAACUCAUCAAUUACGUCGAAAACAUGACGUGGAGUGUUAGCAAGGAAAUUUUUGACUUCCUCUAUGAACGAACCGAUGAAUUCGUAAAAAGUCCGUAUUUCAAUCAAUUUUACAACAUUACGAGUGACUUUGAUCGUUUGUACAAGGAUUUGAUGGAAAAUGACGCAAUCACGAAUAUUCGCAAAUAUUCCGUGCUUACGUAUAAAUUUUUGAAGGAAAAAUAUUUCAAAUUGGUUCCUUUCGGCAAAGAACUGAAUGAAUUAAUUACAGAGCUAAAAGACGAAAUAACUGCCUUGGAAAAGUUGGAAUUUAUUCAAAUGAUCGCGAAACGCAUGGAAGAGCUCCAACAAAAGCUGGAAUGGAUUGCUGAGGAGUUCCAAGUCGAAAAACGAAUGCAUCAAAUGGUCUUGAUUUUGAGAAACAAAUUUUUACGUUACGCUCAAACCGCUCUCCAAGCCGACGACAAAUAUCGCGAAGCAAAGACAAAAUUUAUCUUCGACCCGGACAAAGGCGUCAUCGAAUGGGAACAAAAACUUCCAAUGUCGUGGCAUAGUUUCAACGAGACACCCAUGUUUGAUGAAAUUCCCGAAUACAAAUUGCUCAUCGAUGCUCAAGAAUUCUUCGCUACCAGCAAUUUUUCGCUUUGGGCAGUCGUUUUCGAUAUUUACGGAUAUGUUGAUGUCAGUAUGUGGUUCCCGCCGUUCAAAGCGCACUCGAUUCUCAUUGGAUCGCGUCAUUUUAUCACGUUCGAUGGAGCUUUUGUGUCGCUCGAUUUGAAAUAUGAAAAGUUGGAUGGCAAGAACAAAAUUGAUCAAUGCUCGUAUUUACUUGCGAGGGACUUUUUGGAUCAGAAUUUCACGCUGUUGAUGGAACCAAGCAUUUUGCAGAAGGAAAAUGAGCUAAUUGUGACGAGAAAGUUGACGAUGAUCGUUGAUGGGAGACUCAUUGAUAUCGAUAUUGCGGCAAAUGCUGUUCGUUUGGGACGCAAUUUAACAACUGCUUUACCCGCAAGAAUCGGCGAAACAGUAAUUUACCGCACCUCAGAUGUCUUAAAAAUCGAAUCUCAAAACGGCUUCAGCCUAAAAUGCAAUUUGCAGUUCGACAUUUGCUCAUUUGACGUCAACGGAUGGUAUUACGGCAAAACCGCAGGCAUAUUGGGCACCAUGAAUAACGAAAUUUAUGACGACACUUCUUUAAUGUCUAACGGAAAAUGCACUCCUGAUGAAAAUGCCUUCGUAAAUAGCUGGAGUUUGCCUUCGUGUGACUCGAAAGUGAGUUUAGCAAAGCGAAUUGACUCGAACGAAGAGAUGGAAAGGAACAAAGAACUUUUCAAUGUUUGUGAAAUGUUCUUUAAAAGCAAAGUUUCGUAUUUUACGCCAUGUUUCUCGCUCGUUGACAGUUCCCCGUUCUACGAUAUGUGUCUGGAUUUGGGCGAAAGUUCCCUUUCGAAGGUUGUGAAGGACCCCCAUCCAAGUAUCAGCGGGGCUUGUACUGCUGCCUUGGCUUAUAUCGAGGUUUGUGAACGUUUGGGGACCCCGUUGAGAGUUCCAGAGUCCUGUGUGCAUUGCAGCUCGAUUGACGGAACAUUCGUACCUGAAGGAGCUUUCGUUAAUUUGACCACGGAGAACAUGCAGCACACCACAGACGUCGUUUUUAUCGUCGAAGCGAAAGAUUGCAACGAAAAUUUGAGUAAAAAGAAGAAUUUGAUGACUUUAACGCAAAUUCUGAACAAAGAACUCGAAGCUGCGAACAUCACAAAUAACCGAUAUGCGGUCGUUGCGUUCGGAGGACAACCGCCUUUCGAUGUGGCACGAAGUGUCGUCGUUAAUAACAACGUUUUCACCGAUGUCACGAAACUUCAAGCGUAUUUCGAUCACAUCCAUACGAGCAACGGCACGAACCACGAUCUCUUUGAAGCGAUAAUUUUCGCGGCGAAACUUCAUUUCCGCCCCGGAGCUUCGAAAACGUUCAUUUUGUUGCCUUGCAGCACGUGCAGCUCGCUUCACAUGUACUUGGAUUACUCGACGGUGCUUCAAGCGUUGCUCGAAAAUGGCGUCACGAUGCAUCUGGUCACCGAUUACGUGUUUUCUUUCGAUAAGCAGAACGAGGCACGCAACUUUUUCGGCAUUGACGAUAAAAAAGCUUACACGAAGGCGGAUGUGAAGGAUCUUGUGGGCAGUGAAGAGCUUCGUAGUUAUGUGCAGUAUCCGAAGAAGCAGUUGAAAAAUUGUGCGCCUCUUGCGUUCGCGACAAAUGGAACGAUUUUCACGUCGGAUAAGUUGCAGGGCGAUCGGAAAAAUCAAAUUAAGAGAUUCUCGCAAGUGUUUGGAAAGAGAGUUGCAGUGACAGCACAUCCGAAUGAGUGUCAGUCGUGCGAAUGUAAUGGCGAUAAUACGGGAGUUGCUUAUAUGACAUGUACUCCAUGCAAGAUUCCGAAUCAUAAACAUCCGGACUUAGACGACGGCGGCUCCGAAGAAGAUGACGAAGAAACAGUCGAAGAUUUGGAAUUCGAUGAUGACGAAGAGUAAAUAAUUGACGUUAUUGAAUAAAUUUUCUAACUAAAGUAGUAGUAAAUAGUAACUUUUGUAACUUAUGUUAAAUAAUAUUUUAAUUUUUUUUUUUUUUUUUUUUUUGUAAAAGAAAUUUCUUACUCAUGAAUUUGCUUGAUUUUUAGUCUGGAUAAGGAAUCAGGAACUUACCU